AUGAAUGAGAACUCAUGGGGAUCACGCAGUCGACUUCCUUCGAUAGCAAAUCCCGACUACGAAGCGGUCUUUGCCACCGGGAAGAGCAGUAGAUCAGAGGAUGUCGUCGACAUCGACGCAGCGACAAAUGCUGUGAGCCCAGCUCAAGGAUUCCCAAUGCUGCCGGCCUUGAACGAGCUGGAUAUACCGGUGGACAUGGGCACCGACUUGGAAAGCGUGCCUACAUCUCGGGAGCCAGAACCGUUACUCGAAAAUUCACUUUUACAUACCUCUGCGGCAGAGACGAUGACCGUCGUCCCGAUCGAGCUCGUCUCCAAGGAUGAUCUUGCAACCGAUACUGCACUGGACUUACUACUCAAUCUAGCUCCUACGGAAUCAAAUCAUGAGCACUACGAAUCCAACUCUGCGCGCGAGGUGAUUGGGCCCUGGGGACCUUCUCCGUCAUGUCCCUUCCUCGAGACUGAUGGACUGGCUGGUCUGUCUCAACCAGACAUCGUCUUCCUCCAGACCAAGGGCUGCUUUCAUAUCCCGAACAAACCCAUCCUGGACGAGUUCAUGCGCGAAUACUUUCUGCAUGUACACCCUUUUCUGCCUCUGCUCGACGAAGCUGAGUUUUGGGCGGCCUAUCGGAUCGAAACACCGGACGAGGCCACUACAAAGGUCCCCCUUCUUGUUUUCCAAGCAAUGCUGUUCACUGCGAGUAAUUUUGUGCCAUUAACAGUAGUCAAAGCGCUCGGUUUCCUCAGCAUCCAAUCAGCACGAGCGGCAUUCUACAACAGGGCAAAGGCUCGAUGCGCAAAAGCUCACCUUGCCUGGGACAUUGAGGCGGCUGUCGAUAGCUCAGAGUUCAGCUCUCAGCGUAACCUUCACGACAUACAGAUGCUGAAACGCCUUUGGUGGUGCUGCAUCGUUCGUGACCGAUUCUUGUCGAUCGGCAUGAGGAGAAGCAUGCAAAUCCCGACAGAAUUUCCUAUCCUCGAACCUUCUGACUUCGAAAGCGAGUUGACACACUCCGAGGUUCAUACUGGCGAGUCGAGACGGCGCCUUCUGGAUAUCUAUGUCCACCUGAUGUGCUUGUGUAACAUCCUGAAAGAUCUCUUACCGCCGGUAACAGACACCAAUGGGAGCAGCUAUCGGGUGCAGGAGUCCCAUCAGAGAUUAACUAAAUGCCGGACGGCACUGAAAGAUUGGUAUAAAAAGCAGGCUCAGCAUUCUCCUGGGAGGAAGCCAUCAGGGCUUCGUCAACGCUCUGUUAUCGUGCACACCAACUUGUUGCACAUCUUCUACUUGCCACGGCACAGCACCACGGCCGACAUAAUGGCCAAGCAAGAGCGCCUCAAGGUUCUCAUCGAUGCUAUGCGGACAUACCGAACAUUCUACGAUGGUAUCGACUGGAUUAGUGGUGCAGUUCGCCAAGCUGCCAACCUUGCACGGCCCGAUGAUGCCUCAAAAGAGGGCUCCAGCGCAACGAGUUGGAUCGACAUCUGUUUUCACCACCCGUCCCUCUACAUGCGGCUGGCCCUUACCCUCGAUAUGGCCGUCAGCGAAGCCAGGGUUCCCCAAAAAUCCGAGAUUGUUGCUUUGCUGCAAAUACACUGGACCUCGAGCAAGAGGAUAUCCAACGGCCCCAGCCUCAAGGUUCCCCAGCUUAUGCCAGCGACUCCCACUACCUCCAUCUCGGUCAUGGCGAACGCUUUACCAUGGGAUGAACUUCCUGAUAUGCUCGGGUGCCAGCGUGAGGAAGAGAAUGGCGGCCAAGCCGUCCUCGACCCAGAUGACCAGACGGCCAGUAGCACAGAUGACUUGAGCAGCCCGGACAGCGUGAUGGAAGGACUGACGGUGAUGGAAUUUGAUGAUGCGUUCUUCGGCAUCACGUUGCAGGAAUGGGACCUUGAGGCGAACUGGCCUAUGCCUCCGGCAUUGGAACCUGGCGAACACGGGCGAGAGGCGCAGUUCCAAGAUUGA